AUGCCUCAUAGUCAUCAUUCUCAUUCUGGUCAAUUCUGUCGACACGCUAAAGAUACACUCGAAGAAAUAAUACUCGAAGCUAUCCGACAAAGGUUUGAGACUUAUGGUUUAACGGAACAUUGUCCUAGAUAUAGACAAGAAGAUUUAUAUCCUGAAGAAGUGAAUCUCACUCCUUCCGAUUUAAAAUCUACCUAUUUAUCAUUCCUCUCUACAGCUCGAUCACUCCAAUCUUCUCAUCCCAACAUCUCCCUUUUGAUCGGAAUAGAAACCGAAUAUAUAACCUCUAAAGAUCUUGAUUACACAUCAGAAUUGAUAGAACAACAUGAAGAAAUACAAUACGUAGUUGGAUCUAUUCAUCAUGUUAAAGGUAUACCAAUAGAUUUUGAUAGAGAAACAUGGUUGAAAUCUGUGAAAGCUUUUGGUGUAGGGGAGGAAUUAAAUUCAUUCUUCUGUGAAUAUUUUGAUAGUCAAUAUCAACUAUUGGUUAAUCUUCAACCUGAAGUAAUUGGACAUUUCGAUCUUUGUCUUCUUUACGACCCUACCGUCUCUUUGAGGUAUUUCACGAAAGUAUGGGAGAAAGUUAAGAGGAACGUCGUGUAUGUGGUGGGAUAUGGUGGUUUGUUCGAAGCUAAUUCAGCUGCGUUGAGAAAAGGUUGGGAAGGGUCAUAUCCUUCUAAAGAUGUUUUAGAGUUGAUUAUUCAACUCAACGGUCGGAUCUGUCUCUCAGAUGAUUCUCAUGGUGUUUCUCAAGUCGGAUUAAAUUAUCAUCGAAUGAGAUCUUAUCUUCUUUCUGCCGGUGUUGAUCAAAUAUGGAAACUUGUCUCUUCGUCGUCAGAUGGGGAAACGGUAGGUAAGAGAGGAAGAGUGAAAGCUGUUUCUGUGUCUGAUUGGGCCGAGGGCGUGUUCUGGGAUGGAAGAUGA